GGGUGUGGGGGUGACUCAGGCAGGGCAUGUGGGUGGGCGGGCGCUGCAGCUAUGGCUGGUGGGUGUGGCCUGCUUGGCGCCUAGGGCAGGUGGCCCAGCCAGUUCUGCCUCCGACGCCUCAUUUCAGCCAUCUCCCUGCCUAUGAUGAGAGCCUCCCGCCGCCUCAGCCAUAGUCCCUCUGGGGGUCCUUGGGCCUGGGACAUGCGGUGAUCUCAGAGCAAGGGCAGCCACCACCACCCGGACCUUACCAGUCAUGAAUGUCCACACUAAGGAGAUGGUGCCCCUCAUGGGCAGAAGAGCUGCUGUGCCCAGUGGGAACCCUGCCAUCCUGCAGGAGAAGAGGUCAGCAGAGAUUACGCCAACCAAGAAGAGUGCACACUUCUUCCUGGAGAUAGAAGGGUUUGAUCCCAACCCCACAGUCUCCAAGACCUCUCCCCCCGUCUUCUCCAAGCCUAUGGACUCCAACAUCCGGCAGUGCCUCUCUGGCAACUGUGAUGACAUGGACUCUCCGCAGUCCCCUCAGGACGACGUGACAGAGACGCCGUCCAAUCCCAACAGUCCCAGUGCAAACCUGGCCAAGGAAGAGCAGAGGCGAAAAAAGAGGCGGCUGAAGAAGCGCAUCUUUGCAGCCGUGUCAGAGGGCAGCGUGGAGGAGCUGCUGGAGCUGCUGGUGGAGUUGCAGGAGCUUUGCAAGCGACGCCGUGGCCUGGAAGUGGCUGACUUCCUUAUGCACAAGCUGACGGCCUCUGACACGGGGAAGACCUGCCUGAUGAAGGCCUUGUUAAACAUCAACCCCAACACCAAGGAGAUCGUGCGGAUCCUGCUGGCUUUUGCUGAAGAGAACAACAUCCUGGACAGGUUCAUCAACGCUGCAUACACAGAGGAGGCCUACGAAGGGCAGACGGCACUGAACAUCGCCAUUGAGCGGCGGCAGGGAGACGUCACUGCGUUGCUCAUCGCUGCUGGCGCCGACGUCAACGCCCACGCCAGCGGGGUCUUCUUCAACCCCAAGUACCAGCACGAGGGCUUCUACUUUGGCGAGACACCGCUGGCCCUGGCAGCAUGUACCAACCAGCCCGAGAUUGUGCAGUUGCUGAUGGAGAACGAGCAGACAGACAUCACCUCGCAGGACUCGCGGGGAAAUAACAUCCUACACGCGCUGGUGACAGUGGCUGAGGACUUCAAGACGCAGAAUGACUUUGUGAAGCGCAUGUAUGACAUGAUCCUGCUGAGGAGUGGCACCUGGGAGCUGGAGACCAUGUGCAACAAUGAUGGCCUCACGCCGCUGCAGCUGGCUGCCAAGAUGGGCAAGGCCGAGAUCUUGAAGUACAUCCUCAGCCGUGAGAUCAAGGAGAAGCCACUCCGGAGCCUGUCCAGGAAGUUUACUGACUGGGCGUACGGGCCUGUGUCAUCCUCCCUCUAUGACCUCACCAACGUGGACACUACAACAGACAACUCAGUGCUGGAAAUCAUUGUCUACAACACCAACAUUGAUAACCGGCAUGAGAUGCUGACCCUGGAGCCCCUGCACACGCUGCUGCAUAUGAAGUGGAAGAAGUUUGCCAAGUACAUGUUCUUCUUGUCCUUCUGCUUCUAUUUCUUCUACAACAUCACCUUGACUCUUGUUUCCUACUACCGCCCCCGGGAGGAGGAGGCCCUCCCACACCCCUUGGCCCUGACGCACAAGAUGGGGUGGCUGCAGCUCUUGGGAAGGAUGUUCGUGCUCAUCUGGGCCACGUGCAUUUCUGUGAAAGAGGGCAUGGCGAUCUUCCUGCUGAGACCCUCAGAUCUGCAGUCCAUUCUCUCUGAUGCCUGGUUUCACUUUGUCUUUUUUGUCCAAGCUGUGCUUGUGAUACUGUCUGUCUUCUUGUACUUGUUUGCCUACAAAGAGUACCUCGCCUGCCUUGUGCUGGCCAUGGCCCUGGGCUGGGCCAACAUGCUCUACUACACGCGGGGAUUCCAGUCCAUGGGCAUGUACAGCGUCAUGAUCCAGAAGGUCAUUUUGCAUGAUGUUCUGAAGUUCUUGUUUGUAUAUAUUGUGUUCUUACUUGGAUUUGGAGUAGCCCUGGCUUCAUUGAUCGAGAAGUGUUCCAGUGACAACAAGGACUGUAGCUCCUAUGGCAGCUUCAGCGAUUCGGUGCUGGAACUCUUUAAGCUCACUAUAGGCCUGGGCGACCUGAACAUACAACAGAACUCCAAGUACCCCAUCCUCUUUCUGUUCCUGCUCAUCACCUACGUCAUCCUCACCUUCGUCCUCCUCCUCAACAUGCUCAUCGCCCUGAUGGGAGAGACCGUGGAGAACGUCUCCAAGGAGAGUGAGCGCAUCUGGCGUCUACAGCCUCAUUUAUGCCCCCAGAGAGCCAGGACGAUUCUGGAGUUUGAGAAAAUGCUACCAGAAUGGCUGAGAAGCAGGUUCCGGAUGGGAGAGCUGUGUAAGGUAGCGGAGGAAGAUUUCCGGCUGUGUCUGCGGAUCAAUGAGGUGAAGUGGACUGAAUGGAAAACGCAUGUCUCCUUCCUCAAUGAAGAUCCAGGGCCUGUAAGACGGACAGAUUUCAACAAAAUCCAAGAUUCUUCCAGGAGCAACAGCAAAACCACCCUGAACGCCUUUGAUGAAAUAGAUGAAUUUCCGGAAACUUCGGUGUAGGAGCAGAAUGCAGAGCUGGUGUGGGCGUGGGCUGUCUGAGGCUGCUGGCUGGCCCUGGACUUGGUGCUGAGGGCUUUGCAGAGUGGAGGAGCCUGGCUCUGUGUGCCUACAAGCAGAAAGCACCCUCACGCUGAGCGGCUGACUGAACUGAGAGAGGCUGCUGUCAGUCUGAGUGGGAAACACCCUGGAUUUCUUUUUUACUCAGCAAAGAGUUUGUGUAAAUCCAUGGUGGGCAGUCCUGAGCCUGGGAGUCCCUGAAAUCCAGGGUGAAGUCUCUGGGCUCACCAACUGGAGGUCAUCUUGGCUGGGAGAGAAGCAUGGCAGGGAAGGGACAGAGGCCUGAGGAGCAGAACUUCCUUCCUGCCAACAUCUCCUUGACGCCCCCCCGCCCCCCCCCCCUCCCCCGGCCCCAAUCCCGGCCCACACAUUCCACUGGCUCCCUUACUGUGACUGGGCUCCAGAAUUGAAGGGAUUCUUGAUCCCAUCCCAGCACAAACAGGGGACUGAACUCAGUGGGACAUCCUGGGGGAGGAGGGGACUGAGCUCUGGAAACGCCUUUUUGGACCCUUCAGGGAACAGGAAACUACUCUUGGAAUGAGAGCCUUGGCACGUCAAGGCUCGAACUGUCUCACACUGAGAGACACUUUUAGUAAUUAACACAGGGUUUUUAUUUUCAACAGAGAAAAGACAUUUCAGUUUUGAAAAUUACUUCAGAUGAAGUAUGUGGUUUUAAAAUAGAUUUUGGGAUUUGGGGCAGAUAUAAGUAUUAUAUACUUGGCCUCAGGGUGGCCAGAGCAGGGACAAAAGGCUUUUCUUCACACACACAAAAGUCCACAUGAGACAUGCCAGGCAGGGCCCGUGUGGGCUGCUGCGACCUGGGGGAAGAGUUGGCCCUUGUCCUUGUCCUGGCCCUGCAGUCACGCAUGCCUCCCAGCUGGGAUCGUGGCUUCAUCUGAAACAGAAAUAGCAGCUGUUCUGUUUAUACGGUCUUAAAUCUCAGAGGUUACUAUUAUACAACAGUAUUUCUCGUUGGAGGAAUUUAACAAAAUACCUGAAAUGCUCUGGCAUUUAAUAUUUUUGUUAACUGUGAAUUUUGAAGCUGAGGAGAAGGAGUGUGAGAAAGGAGUGUUUGCCAAGGCACAGGGCUUGUAUUUAGAGCCUCGUCCUCCAAUUUCCUCCCCCAGAAAUUACACACAGUCAGUCUGGGGCAGAGGUGCAGUGGAGACAGAAGACUUGUUCCCGAUCACUGGAGCCUAGACAGCCAGAAAAUCUACUUUGCCUUAUGUGUCUGGUAAAAGGAUUCAUGUGGGAAUCUUGGAGGGUGGACUUACAAUGAUAUUCAUCGUGAAUUUUUAAUUUUAAAGGGCAUAAAAAUAAAUUUGGCUUUUAGACAACUUAGCAGUUGGCUAGUGGAUCUGAGCUGAGGUAAACCGAGGAGUGCAGGCCGAGCAGUCCACUCUGGGUACGUUUCUCCACUUGGGGCUGCUCUGCGUGGCAACUACCCUGGGUGAGUGGACACUUGGCCUUUGUGUCCCUGAUAGGCCAGGGCUGAGAGAGGAGGUCGAGGGCGAGCCUGAGACCUGCAAAGUCUGCGGCAGCCCCUGUAUUCCCAGCAGAUGCCAACCAGGGCUCUAAGCUGUGCUCGGGUCAAGUUCCUGUGUGGGCAGGGGUAGCAGGCACUUGACAUGUCCUCUGGAAAGGGGAGACUGGGGGAGGAGGGUUGUCACGGACGUAGGUGGAGCACGUGUGUUCCAGAUGGGCAGAACCAGUGCCAAAGGUUGGAAAUUUCAAGGACAAAGAUUUUGGUUCCAUUCAUCCAGCACCUACUCCAGGUAUUUGAGAUGUUUACGCAGAACUUUUUAGAGAUGUUGUUAAAGAUCACGGUCAGAUGGACUUCGAGGUCCUUUUAGCCUGGAGAUCAGCAUCCUAUAUCUGGAGUUCCCUACUUGCAUACAUCCAGAACAGAUGCCCUGAUCUGAAGUACAGCCAUUUGGAUCCAUGGUGGCAUGGUCUGGUCAUUCCAAAAUUGUUUUUGUUUGGAUAUGAAUGGACAGAGCCACAUGGCUCUCCAUUCCCACUUGAACAAAACCUGGGAAGUGAGGCAAAUGGAAAUCAGUAAUGGGAUCUUGGUCUUCUCACACAUAUGGAGAGCUGUUUUCUGUGGGUCUGAAUGGAAUUUGUUGGCAGGACCAUUUUCUGUCCUGGAUAUUCAUCCCUUAAAAAGCUUUCAGCCUAGAUCAUCUGAGCCUCGGUAGGUUUACCAAAGCAAAAGGAAGCAAUGAGUCAGAGAUCAUUGAUUUAAAAAGAUCAUUUCCCCUAUUUUACACCUGGAAACUACACCCCGGAAAGGAAAGUGGAUUUGUUUAAAGCCAGGCAGGAAGUCAUACCAGAGCUGUUGGAGCUGGAGUUUCUGACUCCUGGUCUCUCCCAGCUCCGUUUUUUUUUUUUUUUUUUUUUUUUUUUAGCACAGUUAUUCAGCAAACUUGAGUCUGCCUUUGUGGUUGCCACAUAUGUUAUGUCAGGGAGGGCUAGGGCUUUUUGCUCAGAUGAUUCAUGACGGCAGUCUGCAUUGUCCCAAUGAUCCCUAUGACAGAUUUAAAACUCAAGUGUGCACAUAGGUGUGUCCAAACCACACACACACACACACACACACACACACACAAACACACCGUGCCACAUUGAAUCCAUGGGCAUAUAAGGACAUCUUAAAACUUCAUGAUUUACAUUUCAGUAGUUUAAGGGGUAGGCAUUUUCCAGGCAUGGAAUCUCCCAUGCUUGGAUAAUGGUUUUGGCUAGAAAUUUUCCUUGAGCUAAACUGCCUCAGGAGGAAUCUAUUAUUCUAGACAUCACGUGACAUAUCUGUUUGGAAUGAAAAUGGUGCUUACCUUCCUCUCUGGGUUGUAGCAGAAGGUAUGAGGUUGUACUGUGAAGUAAUUAAGCUCUUAGAAGGCCCCUGCCUGAGAGAGCCCAGUAUUAUUGAAGUUCCUUUCCUUCCUCAAAGCCUGGUGAACUGUGGCCUUUUGCUCUGGGCGGGGCCCAGGUCGAUGGGCCUUCAUCCGGGCCUGUAAGCCAUACUUGAUUUUUGCAUUGAUUUACAUGUUUAUACUGUGAUCUUGGUCCCAAACAUAGGAUUGUCACCUUGUUCUCACUGAAUGUGCCUGAUCCUUGUAAAUUUUAAUUCACAUACUUGAUUUUAGUGUUAUGUGUGUAACUCUGUGUUAAAUUAAGAAGUCAUAGAGAACAUUUUAGUGCCAAUGAAGAAAUGCUUUUACGAUUUCUAAUAAAUAUUUAUUUUGCCUUGUCA